GCGGGUAGAGGUAUAAACGAAAAGAGCAUAAAAAAGAAAAGAGAAAGAUAUAAAUCCCGUAUGGUAGGAUAGCUCGAAUAAUUUGAAUAUGGCGGAAAAAGAUGUGUCCGCGCGGCGAACAGUGCUGCCAGCACGGAAGUAUACGGUGACGCUAUGCUCAGCUUCGCUCCCUCCAAAACCCGCGCGUACAUUGGCAACAUUGUUUUUUGGUAGUUUACAAAUAAAAUGGCCGAUAUAUGAGGCUAUUUUGUAUGGACAAUAAAAUAUGGAAUUUUGUAAAAUUAAUGACGGUCGGUCGCGUACAUGUGCGAGUUAAUGUGGAAAAGCCGCGUCGUAAAGUACGGUAAAAUAUCGUGGAGUGUAAGUGAGCGUGUGGGAGUGCCGUUAGAGAAAGGUGGAGGUUGUCUUCGAAGACCCGUGGACGCCGCAGGCCCGAGAAGACCGAUAGGAAGAAUCGGUGAGGCGGUACGAUCUAGAGAGUACCGUGGGGACCGCCGUAUUAAUUUCGGUGGCGCACGGUGGCGCGGCAAACUAUAGAAAAACACGGCUCUAGAAUAGGCGAACUCGGGUUCUGCGGGUGCACACGGGGCCCCCUCUGCCGCCUGCACCAAAUUUUCGGGGACCCUCGCCUCCGCCACCCGGAGGCUGCGUGCGUCGGAGCCAGAGGGGACGAAGCGCGCCAACAUAGAAUUUCGAACCAUUUACAUAUCGUAUGCCACGCAUGACCACCACGAGGUCUUGAUAGACCCCUGGUGCUCCUUUAUCACAUACCAACUUGGGACUGUCUGCGAGUACUUUCAAUGAUCCUGGUAUUACACUCAUAAGUGAUCGGUUACAUCUUACUCGGACAGAUAUGUUACCCAAAUGGAGAGCAUUGGUACGGAGGAUGCGUUGACAGAGACAGAGGGGCCUACCGAUAUAGCCUCCAGCCAAAACAACCCCUCCAUCGUUACCCUUGCAAAUAUGUGUACAACCCCUGGCAACGCUGGCGCAGGAUUCGGGUAUGCCUGGUCCUUUGGUGGGCCUGGUACCGAAACCCGAGAGAACGCACAGAGCGAGCUCGCUACCAAUAUUAGUUACGCCGUUAAUAACAAUCAGGACCAAGGUUCCAGUCAAAAGAUACAGGUCGAUAUCAAACCGGCAAAAAACGUUAAUAGUGCUCAUCGCAGACCUAUGUUCGCUAUGAACGAAAGUUGUCAACAAACUCCUACUACCCACCACGGUCACACAGGCGGAGCUCAUAAUCAAACGCAUGGUUCUCACGUUCGCACUAAAAAGCAUCACGACGUUUUUCCAUUGAAUUGUGAAAAGGGAGGCUGUCAGUGUGACGCUUCGCAACCAACGCCUCCACCUUCUCUAUUUUCAAAUACCUUAGUUUUUACUACAGCCGACAAGCAUGCCAUGAGUAAGCAUUUCAUGACACCGCUUGGACCUUUGCAGCUUACUGCAGAAGAGUGCAAUGAAAUUUUAAUGAAAAGGGCAGCAGCUGCAUCUAAUCAAGCAAAUGCCAACAAUGUUACUACCAGUCAAACGGACGGCACAGCUCACUUUGGACACGUAUUGACUCAUGUAAACACUACUCAAAUCGAGACUAAAGUUAAGCAACAGCAAGAUAUGGGGAGCCAAGUUCGUGUACCUAAGGAAAGACCAUAUUCUUGUUCCGAAUGUGGGAAGUCAUUUUUACUAAAGCAUCAUUUAACGACGCAUGCAAGAGUACAUACAGGAGAAAGACCUCAUAUAUGCGUUCACUGUGGCAAGAGUUUCGCUCACAAACAUUGUCUUCAUACCCACUUGCUGUUACACAGUGCAGAAAGACCUUAUCAAUGUCGAGAAUGUAAAAAGUCCUUUACGUUAAAACAUCACCUUGUAACGCAUACUCGGGUACACACGAGAGAGAGACCAUUCGUUUGCCAGGAAUGUGGAAGAGCGUUUCCUCUUAAACGCCAUUUAGUCACCCAUAGUAAAUUUCAUUCUGGAGAAAGGCCAUUUGUUUGCGAAGAAUGUGGAGAAUCCUUCUCGCAGAAGGAUCACUUGACGAUGCAUUCGCGCUUCCACGGCAGUUUACAUCCAUUUGUUUGUCAUGAUUGUGGGGCUACGUUUCAAAGGAAGUUUGAACUAGUAAACCAUGGUCGGUUACAUGGUAGAAUUCCACAUUCGUGUACUGUUUGUGGUAAAGAAUUUUUACAGAAGAGAACGCUAUUAGCACACAUGCGUUUACAUACAGGAGAGACACCUCGCUUGCACCGUUUGUGGAGAGGCAUUCCCGCGUAAAGUAGAUUUAGUUACGCACUCCAAGAUUCACAAUAACAAUACGAGUACAGAUGAGAAAUCUCUUACA